AUGUUCGGUCAAUAAACAACAUUUGGUUAGACACCAAGCACAUCAGGCUUUGGUGCAUUCGGCUAACCCCAGCAACAGCCAUCUGGCGGUGGGCUCUUUGGAGGCACUUCAACUCCUGGAUUUGGAGGAACAAGUGCUUUUGGAGGAGCAAGUACAGGAGGAUUCGGACUCCUCGGAUAACCUCAAAGCAAUCCAGGAACAUCAUUAUUCGGAGGAGCUACAACUCAGACUUCAGGAUUUGGCGGCACAGGUGGAUUAUUUGGUCAAACUCAGCCAAGUACCCCAGCAUUCGGUCAAUCACAAGGAAGCUUUGGAGCCUUUGGAGGAGGUAAUGCUCCAAUCAACUAAGGAGCUGCAACAGGCGGAUUCGGAAGCUUUAGUCAGGCUACAAAAAGCGCAGGCUUUGGGGCUUUCGGACAGACAAGUCAGUCAACACCUUUUGGACAGGGAGGAGCUUUUGGUCAAUCAACAUCAGCUUUCGGCUAAACAUCAAGUGGACUUGGAUUCGGCCAAACUCAACCAUAAUAAAACUAACAGUAAUAACAAUAAUAAGCAAGUGAGAGAGGUUUCUACAAGCAAAUUCAACCAGUUUAAAGCAUAAAUUCCUGGGGUAACCAAUUUCAGUUUAAAAAUGAAUCAGCAGUUGAAGGUAACAAGGGCUAGCAAAAUCAGUCAUUUAAUAGCAUAAGAGUUGAGGGUUAGUUUAACUUAGUAUCAGGCUAAAUGCUCAGAUACUAUGAUCUAGUAAUGAAGAACACAGGUGGACAGCAAUAGAUUCCCAAUCAUGAAAGCUUAGCCAUGCAAGAGUUGAAUCAAAGUGGACAAAACUACAAAUUCUUACAAUAAGUGCAGGCUGGACCCUCAGCAAUGCUCGGAGGUUUAGCCAAUCCUUAGGGAGCUGGCGGUUUAUUCGGUGGAGGAGCAACUCAGGGAUUCGGAUAAGCAACUUCAACAGCAUUUGGACAAUAGAACUAACCAUUUGGAGGAACUCCAGGAUUUGGACAAAGCGCAGGACUUGGAGGACCCACUCCAUUUGGCAGCCAACCUUAAGGUGGAUUGUUUGGAGCCUCAACAGGUCAAUAAUCGUCAUUUGGAAAACCCUUAGGCUAGACAACAGGAGGAUUAUUUGGCUAAUAGCAGCAAUAAACAACUACACCAUUCGGUCAAACUACACCUUUUGGAGCAAGCGGUGGUGGUGGAGGAGGACUUUUCGGCCAACCAUAAUAACAAUAAUAACCAGCAGGAGGUGGUCUUUUUGGAGCCACGCAAAGUACAGGAGGAGGUCUCUUUGGACAACCAUAGCAAUAACCAUCAGCAGGUGGCAGUCUCUUUGGAGGAGGUUAGUAAUAGUAAACAAAUCUUGGUGGAGGAGGACUAUUCGGCAAACCAGCAGCAACUGGAGGACUCUUUGGUUAGCCUCAAGCCACUUAAUCUACAGCCUUCGGAUAGCCAGCUGGACAAUAGCCUUCAGGAGGAUUAUUUGGAUAAUAAUAAUAGCAACCAGCAGGAGGUCUAUUUGGUCAGUAAUAAUAAUAACCAGCAGGCGGUGGUGGCUUAUUUGGACAACAAUAGCAACAGUAAUAACCCGGAGGUGGCCUUUUCGGAGGAGGAGCUUCAACUGGUCUAGGUGGAGGACUCUUUGGCGGAGGUUAAUAGCAGUAACAACCAUCUUAAACACCUAGCUUAUUCAAUCAAACUUCAACUGGACAGCCAGGAGGUGGAGGUCUCUUUGGUGGCGGUGGUGCCACUCAACAAAAUGGAGGCGGACUAUUCGGAGCUAAGCCAGCAGGUUCUUCUUUAUUUGGAGGUGCUUAAUAAUAACCAGGAUAAUCCUCACUAUUCGGUGGAGGUGGACAGUAACAACAACCAGCUGGUGGUGGUCUCUUUGGAUAAUAACAGCAACAGCAACCUGCUGGAGGUGGACUAUUCGGAUAAACUCCAUCAACAUCACUAUUUGGAGGAUAGUAGGCUGCAGGAGGACAACAACCAUCCUUAUUUUCAAAGCCAUCAACAGGAGGUGGUCUCUUUGGCUAAACCACUUAAGGAGGAUCUAGUUUGUUUGGAGGAGCAACUCAAACACAACAACCAUCAACUUUAGGAACAAGCAAUUUGUUCGGUGGACAAUCUUAGAAUCUUUACGGCUAGCAACAAACUGGAGGUUUGCAAACACAAAUGCAGCAGCCUCAGAUGAUGAACCCUUACUUGCUGAUGAGCAAUGAUCCUUUUGGUUUAGGAGAUACCCUCUCAAAGGAGAGUCCAUUUGCAAACAUUGAUGCUGAACUCGAAAAGCUUAAGCAAAACUAGAAAAUUGACAAUCAGAACCCAUACAAGGAUCUUCAAUUGACUUCAAGCUAAACUACCAAGGAGAGUGAAGAUCUCUAUGGAUCAGCUCCUGGAGGAGAUGAGGAUAGAGAAAGAGACAACUACAAUGAUCAGCUAAUGAGAAAGUACAAGUAAUACUACUAGAGCACUGAAUCAGAUGUCUUAUCUCAAGCGGCUCUAGGAUAUAAUAGACCUGGCAAAAUGUUCAACGCUUAAAAGGGAUUCAUUAACACUCCAAGCACUAGCUUCAAGGCUUCAUACACUCCUGGGCUAAGCCAAUCAAGCGUCUUAACUAAAAGAUCCUUAAGACCAAGCGAUGAAUACCCAAGACCAGAAUCACUUCAUGAUAGAUUUAGCAAAUAGUAAGAUCAGGAAGAAGAUUUAUUGACUACUCAAAAGUAACAUCCAGUUCCAAGCAAGGAUAUCAUAAAUAUUUCAGUAGUCAUCCCAGACAUUCAUGAAGGUCAAGAGCCUGAUCAGUAUCAAAUAAAGAUUCACUUGUCAAGAGAUGUUAUGGACCUCUACUUUAAGACUGAGCAAUACCUCAAAUCAACAAUCAACUUCAAUUCAAAUGACACUGAUCUAAUGCUUCUCUAUAGAAACUAAAUCCUCAAGAAGGAUCUAUCACUAAAGGAAGCUGGUAUUCAGCAAAAUUGUUCUAUCUAUGUGCUUACUUAGUCAAAGUUCUACCAGCCAAAGAUCUAAGAGACUAAACCAUAAGAGUAUCAGCAAGCUGCACCAAAGGAGGAUGACUCAAACCAGCUGAUUCCCAAGUAAAUGAUUCCUAGAACACCAAAGGCAGGAUAUUAAACUUAGCCUGAAUUUUUAGAAAUAGCUAGAAUGACUCUUAGGCAGGCUAGAAAUGUCAAGAAUUUCAAGAUUUUCAAUGAAUUCGGUAGCAUUUAAUUCGAUGGAGAGACAGAUAUUACUGAAGUAAAUCUAGAGACUACUGUAGCUAUAAUGCAAGGAAGAGUCGAGGUUUAUAUGGACGACGAUAAAACUACAGUCAAGCCAGAAGUAGGUUUGAAGCUGAACAAACCAGCGCUAAUCACUCUUUACAAUAUGGACAUUUUAAAGAAGAAGACCAUUUAAGAGAAAGUAGAUGUUUAUAAGAAAGGAUGUGAGAAACAAGGAAGCAUGUUUAUUUCUUAUGAUUCAAAUAAGAAAAUCUUAGUGAUGAAGGUAUAGCAUUUCACCAAGUAUGGAUUUGAUGAUGAUGAGGAAUCCGAACAGCAAGACGAUGUGGCUUUUGACGAUGCUUAGAAUUCUAGAUAGAUGAGUGGCUAAGUCCCCGAAGGUUCUGUCAUAAGUCAAGACUAGCACAUCAAUAUUAAGGAAACCUAUCAGUUCCCAAAUAAACUUUAUAGCGAUCCCAAUCAUGUCAUUCAUCCCAAAUUUGCUUAAAAAUUGAUAGCUUAGGAAUAAGCUCAGUAGAUUGAUAAGCUUUUCACAACUUAACCUAAGACUAGCUCCAUUUUCGACAAAUAAAAAGCUUAGAUACAGCAAACAAGUGUUCCAGUUUAUGUUGAUCCAAUGGUGAGAGUCGAGAAAAAGCAGGACCAGAACUUCAGCGGCAUGUUCAAGUCACAGUAUGAAUCGCAGGGUUCAAGUCUGUUCAAGACUAAUCAAGUAAAGAUGCCAGCACCUUCUAACUUUACUCUUGGCUAGCAGUAACCACAGAUGAUGUCUCCACCUCAGACUAUUUCAGAGAAUUCAAUUGUGCCAAAAAGGCCAGUUUAGAAGGAGGAAGAAGGAGAUGCUAUGUUGAUAGACUAUGAAAGAAUGUCUUAGUAGAGUCAAACAAAAAGAAGAUUUAUAGAGGACACUUAAUCCUACGGAGAAGAAUCUAUGGAUUAUGACAAAGGACCUCUAAUAGAUAUUAGAAAGUCAAAGCAAAGAUAAAACCUCAGAACUACCCAAGCUUUGAAUGACAGAAAGGCAAGAGCAUUAGAAUUGAGACAAAAGAUAUUGGAUAAAAAGCAAGAAGAGCCGAGUCUUCAACAAUUAUUCACAACUCAUGAAGAUUUCAAGGUACAAUCAGCUGAUGAAACUAUUAAGAUCUUGGCAGAUCUUGGCUUCACUAAUGAUGUCAGAAAGCUAGUAAAGCCUGUUAAGAUGAUACCUUGCAGACCAGUAUUCACUCCAAAUGGAAGUCUGCUUAAAGUUACCACUAGCAACCAGAUCAAGCAAGUGAAGAUUCCUUUAGAUAAGAAAAUCAACUUAAAGUAGAAUGAAGAAGCAUAUAAAGGUGUGUCUGACAUCCUAAUCAAGCAUGGAAGCUUUAUCAUUGAUAGAUAAGAGCCUAAUCUCGGCCAGAGAUUUGACAGUCUUCAUUUGCAAAGUCAAAUGCCAUAACAACAACUGCAAAAUCAACUUAACUAUCUCAUUCCACAGUCAUUCGAUGAUCCCUUCAUAGAGAGAACUCUAGCAUCUACCUAAGUAAAGACCCUAGAAUUCUAAAGUGAUCCUACAAUAAUAUUCUAUUUCUUGGAAGACUUGGCUAAGCAUCUAAUUUAAUAGAUUGAUUCUCAAACUCUAGAGUUAGUGUAAAAACUUUCUGAGGAAUUCUAUGUUAUAUGUACUUUAAAUGCUCUAUUUGGAAAUCCUUGCAUUCAAUUAGUCUAGCUACACCCAGAUUUCAAAGGAUUAAAUAACUACAAUAAAGCUAGAAAAAUAUUCGGUUAGAAUGGAUUGAGAACUUUCGAAGAUGGACAUACUAUUUAAAUCGAAAAGCAGAGAAGAAAUGCACUCACUGAAGUCCUCAGAUUCAUGUGCUAAUAAGAAUAUAAGCUGCCUGCAGAUCUAAGAAAUAAACUUGACUCCAAAGAUCAUGUCUACCAAAUAGCUCAGCAUCAUUUAUUCAAUGGUGAUAUCAAGUCUGCUUUGGCUCAUUUAAACAAACACGGUAAGGCUAAAAUGGCAAUGCUUGUCUCCUAAGCUAUGACAUCUACCUCCUCAAGCUAGUACCUUGACAACCAUGUUAAAAGUAAUCCAAACAUUUAUGGCAAGUUCAAGUAGCCAGCCAAAGACUUUAUUUAGUUCCUCAGUGGUCUUUAAGAUACUUAAAAUCUAGGCUAAAGAGCAUAAGAUUGGGCUAGAUGGCUUCAAUAUUAUCUUACCAUUAAAAUCACUCCUAAUAAUCAGCUAUCAAGAGCACUAGAUUAGUAUGAUAAUGAAGUCUAUAAGCAAUAUGAACAAGCAUCACCCUUGAAUGGACAUAGAUAUCCUCUCAUAUAUUUCCUGAUCAAACUAUAUCAUGAACCAGCAGCCAGAAAAUAAAACUUAAUCAAAAAUCAUCUUGGAGAGUUUGUCAAUAUUGAGCCUACUAGCAGACACAAUGUACAGGAUCACAGAUUGCAGCUAAUUACUGUGAUUGUACUCUACUAUGUUCAGAGGCACUACAAGAUCAGAGAUGACUAGUAUGCCAGUAAAUAUCUAAACUUUGAAAUCAAAGAAAGUAUACUGGCUAGACAUGCCAUUCAAUAUGCACAUUAACUUCUCAGACAAGAUGACUGGAGAUAAGCUCUGCUUAUCACUUAGAUUAUUCCCUCUCCUUCAAUCAAGAUUAAAAAGAUGAUGAUGUUCCAAAUUCUUAUUUAAAAAGCCAAUCAUUUUCUGCAUCAUUCUUAUAUGUUGACUAACUUCUAUCAUGUAGAGAGGAGCCUACAUGUUCCUAAGUCACUUAUGAAAGUAGCUAGAGCUAUCUACUAUCAGAAUAGAUUCCAUCCUGAGCAAGCCAUGUACGACUGGCUAGAGUCAGACAACUUGGUGCAAGCUCAUCGUUUAUUUGUUGAUAAACUAGCUCCACUGUAUUUCAACUUAAGAAAAUGCUCUGACCUACAAAUUUCUCACUAGAUGAGAGCUCAUUUCAACCUCUUUAAUGAAACUUAUAGCAAGAUGCUGCAGUUAGACAGACUAAAUGGCCGUGAUGUAAGAAGAGAUGCUCUCUAUCAGUUUAUUGCUUAUGUGGAAUGUGCUUCUAGAUCAGAAAACCCAGCAGAGAUAGAGACUUUGAUGAGAAAUGUUGCUAAUGUACUAGGCUUGAAGCCUGAACUUUAAAUCAACAACCUUCAAAGAUACAUCUGGGAGUAUUUAUUGAACGCUGAUAGAGCAGCAAAAGCUAAGAACCUUAAUCACGACCUUACUGAUCUUAUGAGAACUAAGACCUUCAGACAGAGCUUUAGCUAUAGAAACAACCAGAGUUACGAACCUAUGUUAGAACUCACAAAUUUAUACUCAGAUAAUCCUUGCCUUCUGAAAUAUUUCGACAGCUUUGCAACAAACAACCUGACAAAGCUCAUUUGCAACAAAGUCUCACUAGAUAGUCAAGUGGCUUGCUGA